AUGGAUGGAUUGCCAGGAUCUGUUUUCUGGUUUUCACAAGAAAUUAAGUUUGCAAAUGAUCUUUUACCCUAUGAGCCAUUUGCAGGAAAACGUGAUGGUGAUGCACAAAACAUUUUUAUACAAGAUGAUCCACAAUUCAUGAUUGACAAAAUAAAUGAUACCGCAGCAGCCACAGAGAAGAAGAUCAACUAUUUUCAACUACAAAAUGGUCACUUAUCCGUCAAUAUCACAAAUUAUGGUGCCACUGUUCUCAACUUCAUCCUCCCCGACAAAAACGGAAAGUUAGAUGACGUUGUGCUCGCGUUUCCUUCGAUUAGCGAUUACUUUAAUGACUCAUCAUAUUUUGGAGCGAUCGUGGGUAGGGAUGCUAAUCGGAUCAGUGGAGCUAAGUUUACUCUCAAUGGUGUUGAAUACAAAUUACCUGCUAAUGAUGGCAACAAUACCCUCCAUGGUGGUCCGAAAGGAUUUGCUGAUGUUAUUUGGACUAUGGAAUCGUACAAGAAAGAUAGUCAUCUUACACUCUCUUAUCAUAGCUUUGACGGCGAAGAAGGAUUUCCGGGAGACUUACAUGUAACGGUGACUUACAUGCUCAUCAAAACAAAUAAAUUUGGUAUAAAAAUGGUAGCAACACCAAUUAACAAGCCAACCCCGGUGAACUUGGCCUCACACAUUUACUGGAACCUUGCGGGCCACAAUAGCGGCGACAUCUUGUCACACAAGAUUCAAUUAUUCGCAUCUCAUGUCACUCCGGUUGAUGGUCAACUGAUCCCAACGGGCAAAAUAGUACCGGUGCGUGGAACGGGGUAUGAUCUCCUAGAGUCACGAAAAAUUGGUAGCAAGUUGGAUCAAGUAGGCGGAUAUGACAUCAACUACGUGCUAGAUAGUAAAGCUAAAAGACAUUUGAAAAAGGUCGCGGUGGUCCAUGAGGGGAAAUCGGGUCGUAUGAUGGAGCUAUGGAGCAACCAGGUUGGGGUUCAGUUUUACACAGGCAACAUGUUGAAAGACAUAGUUGGCAAAGGUGGAUUUGUGUAUGAGAAAUAUGGAGGAUAUUGUUUGGAGACGCAAGGUUUUCCGGAUUCGGUCAACCAUCCAAAUUUCCCAUCGCAAAUUGUUCAACCGGGUCAGAAAUAUACGCAUGUUAUGGUUUAUAGGUUUACUGCUGAUUAGCAUUUUAGUUUAUUGUAAUGUUUGAGUAAUUUCUUUCCUUUUGGACCGGUAAUUUUACUUUUCCAAAUUUUGUUUUUAGAAAAUAAUGUUUACUCCAACAAUUAUGUCUGUAA